UGUAUUGUAUAGCUUUUCCAACCUACUGCUGAAUUUGUAUACUUUUGACAGGGAGACAACUCAGAAGUAGUCAAUUCAGCAAGACACCUCCUAAAUUUGCUCACAAAUGCAAUACCUUCCCCUGGUCCUGUUGGUCCCAGUGCCCAACACAGAGCUACCCCUGUUGGGCCCAGUGCCCAACAUCAAACUGGCCCAGAGACUCCAAGACAGGGAAGGAGUCAGGAAAGAGGGAGAGAUGGCCGACCCAGUGUCCACACAGAAAUGACAAGGUCUUUUCCUGCCCUUUUUGGAGCCAGGGGAAAGCGCCGGCACGUUCAAGGGCCUUCCAACCACUCCACACCAGUCAAAGAGAUAGAAGUUACAUUUUAUCUCUUACCCAAUAUUGUUGAGCGCACUCCCAAAGGCAGUGAAGAAGUUUUCCAUCUGCAAGCUGGUUUGGGACGCAGGUCCACACUGAUACCAGAGAACUACACCCAUGAUGAGGUAUGUUCAACCCUCAAAGAUCUUUAUCCAAAACUGGAAAGUGUGUCUGGGGGCUGGCUGAUUUACAAAGGAGCAGGAGGGUGGGGUUCUAGAAAACUAUAUAUGGUGACUCCUGGGGACAGUGGAUAUACUGGGCUAAUGCUGAAGACUGCAAGUAUAGGCGGAAAGGGUGUCCUAUAUAUUGCUCCGAUACAGGAGGAACUAGACACUCAACCACUGCCUCCUGACUCCAGGUCCUUCUCCAGUAUGCCAAAGGCAAUGUGCCACUCCUGUCACACCAGCUAUCCAUUGCAAAUCCUAGCGCUGCAUGUUGAAACAUGCAAGCCUUCAGAUACUUAUCCACAGGAGCCUACGGAGGAAGAUGUGUUUUUUGUGUCCUCAAAGACAGAGUUGCAGACCGUGUGCCCAAUCUGUGGCCAUAAUUUUCCUCCCAAUGACCUGGAGGCACAUGCAAGCGAGUGUGGAGAGAGCAAAGCUGACUUCAUUCCUUCAACUUCAAAACAAAAGAUGAGCAUUUCUAGCCUUGAUGAUGUCCUACAGGCCAUCUCUACUGCUGUUAACAAUGAGGAAGAAUUUCCUCUCACUGUAUCAAGAUCCCAUGUGGUGGAGCGGGGCCUUGCUCAAUGGAAGCGACAAAAGAAGGCAUUGCCUACUAGUCGGUUAAAAAUCAGGUUCAUAGGGGAGGCGGGCCUUGAUACAGGAGCGUUACGGAAGGAGUUCCUCACAGAGAUGGUUGCAGGGAUUGAGCAGAAGCUGUUUGAGGGUGACCAGACUGGAAAAUGUCCCAAAUAUUCCCUGUUGGAUCUUGAUCAAGCAAAGUUCAGAAGUGCUGGUGAAAUCUGGGCUGCAAGUCUGGCUCAAAGCGGACCACCCUGCUGCCUCAAACUUUGGUGCUACAGGUACUUGUGUGAUGGGGAGAUACAGAUUCAGCACAUUUCCAAAGAGGAUGUCUCUGAUGCGGAGUAUAUAUCACUUCUCUCCCAGGUUGAGUCGGCCACAGAGGCUACAAUGACUGAACUGAUUGAGGACAUUUUGAGCUGUGGCUAUAAUGGACCUGUUAAUGUUGAAAAGAGGGAAGAAAUUCUUCAGUAUAAUUGUUUUUUCACUAUGCUAAUCCUUGUCAAGGAUGUUAAUAUUCAUGUUUUGAUUUUUUACAUUUCACUUCAUAUUGAUAUUAUUUUUUCUUCAUUCUAUAUUUUAGUGCUGUUGUUCUUCAUGCCAUACUUCGGCUGCUGCCCCUACUCUCCCAGCUACGUGAAGGUCUGAAACUUUAUGGUCUCGUUGAUCUAAUGAACCAAUACCCAAACAUCUGCCAACCACUCUUUGUCUCCGGGAUGGAGGUGAAGGCUGAUGCUGACUUUGUCUUUGCGGCUUGCCAACCUGAGUUCAGCGAGAAGGGCUCCAACAUAGAACAGGUGGAAGUGAGCGUUAUGAACCAUCUACAGGACUUCUUGCAGGAGCUGGAAGCAUGUGUACAUCCAGAGGUGGGUGACACAGUAGACUAUCUUGGUCACCUGUCCCCCAGUAUGUUUCUCCAGUGGCUCACAGGACAGGGCCACAUUCCUGUCUUACCAGAAGAGAAGAGAAACUUCAGAGUCUUUGUGCAGUUCAAUCACACCUGUGACAUCCAGUAUGGUUCACAUACAGUUUGCUACCCAACAGUCGCUGCAUGUAGUAAUACAAUCCUGCCUACCUGUUAAGCAUAUGCAAACUUCUACUGAGUUCAAACAAGUGAUGACAGAGGCCUUCCAUCUAGGGCAGGCAUUUCAUCAGGUUUAAGUGAAAUGUUGCAGUUUCAAAUAUUCAGUGCUAAUUAGACUACUAAAUGUUUUUCUUUCAUGGUUCAAGUACAAUGCAUAUACAUUCAGACUCAAAUAAUAAGAUAUUUGUGCAAUCUUUUAUUUCAUUUUUUGUGAAGUCCAGUUUGUAUCCCAACCCAAGUUAUACUUCAAAAAGCAUUUCCAUAUGGGCAUCGCACCAUUACAAUGUUUGUUAGAGAAGAUGUCCUUCACUGCGUUCUUUCCCGCUUCCCUGUGGUUGUGUCAGUUUGACAGAAGUCCAAUAAAUAC